AAGCGAACAAUAUUUUUGUUGCAAGAAAAAUUAAUAUUCGGUACUAUUAAAAUGAGUUUGCAGACUAAAUGGGACAAAAUGCAAGGUAAUUUUACUGAGCAGGCUUUAACUCAACUUCAGGUAUCAUUUAAACGUAAUCUUGUACGAAACAGUUCAACAUCUCCACCUUCAAAAAAACUACAAUUAUCUUCAAACGAUUCAAAUGAAAAUAAAAAUAAUAAUGAAGAAAAUAAUCGUAUUAAGAAUGAAUUCGUGCGACAAGAAAUAGAUGUUACUAAAUUAAAAAAACUACCGGACAGAGAAAUAAAAAUAGAUAUUGAGUCAGUAUUGGCGGCUGUUGAAUUAAAAACUAAACGGCAAAAAAAUAAAGAUUUAGAAUAUAAAAUAAAAUUCCGAGCUGAGAUCGAUGUAGCUAAAAAUAAUGAUGCAGAGGAAGAAUUAAAAAAACAAUUGACUAAAGAAAAUUUUAUGGAGAUGAAAAUAAUUGGGCAGUUUAACUUGGGAUUUAUAAUUACACAACUAGACGGAGAUCUUUUUUUAAUAGAUCAGCAUGCAAGUGAUGAAAAAUUUAAAUUUGAGAAGUUAAACAGCGAAACUAAACUAAAAACACAAAAGUUAGUAAUACCAAAGCCUUUAAAUCUAACAGCUGUCAACGAGACAAUAUUACUUGAACAUCAAGAAUUUUUUCAUGCCAACGGUUUUAGUUUUGACGUCAAUGAAUAUGACCAAGUGGGUAAACGAAUAAAAUUAAUUGGAAUGCCUGUGAGUGGGUAUUGGCAAUUCGGUCAAACAGACAUAGAAGAAUUAAUAUUUUUAAUAAAAGAAGGUGAUCCUGAAGGUGUGAACAGUAAUCUUUUGGAGGGAAAAAUUCUACGUCCAAGUCGAAUACGUCAGAUGCUUGCUUCAAGAGCUUGUCGAAGUGCUGUGAUGAUUGGUACAGCUUUAAACACUUCAGAAAUGCAACGUCUGCUGACACAAAUGAGUCAAAUGCAAAAUCCAUGGAAUUGUCCUCAUGGUAGACCCACCAUAAGGCAUUUAUUAUCUCUGAAUCUCUUACAUAAUUCAUAAUUAAUUCAGUAUCAAUAUUAAUAGUUAAUAUAAAAAAUUUU